AUGGAACACCCUGCUUUUACGCUUUCUGGAUUAUGCGUUGUCGGUGGCACCAUGGGCUGGGCCCGUAAGGGCUCUGUGCCUUCAUUGGCUGCCGGCAUCACUUUCGGCGCCAUUUACGCCACCGCUGGCUACUUGUUGAAGAACAACCGUGACUGGGGUUUGGAGAUCGCCUUGGGCGCCUCUACUGCUUUGCUUGCAGCCGGUAUUGGUAGAUCGAUCCCAACAAACUUCUCCAAACCUGUGCCUUUGGUGCUUUUGGGGUUGGGUGCUUUGUCCACUGCUUACUACGCCAAAAAGUACAACGAAUUCUACCCAAUUUGGACUUGA